AUGACCACAGACCCUUCUGUUAAGUUGAAGUCCGCCAAGGACUCCCUCGUCUCCUCGUUAUUCGAACUAUCCAAAGCUGCCAAUCAAACUGCUUCUUCCAUUGUUGACUUCUACAAUGCCAUCGGUGGCGAUGAAGAAGAGAAGAUAGAUGCCUUCACCACUUUGACUGAGUCGUUACAAACGCUAACUUCUGGUGUGAACCAUUUGCAUGGUAUCAGUUCUGAACUGGUCAACCCUGCGGAUGACGAUAAGGACACCGUGAUAGCACCUCCAGUCAAGGCUGUGAGGAGAAAGAUUGAACGUGAUCCAAACGCUCCAAAGAAGCCAUUGACCGUUUUCUUCGCUUAUUCUGCCUACGUGCGUCAAGAACUUCGUGAAGACAGACAAAAGGCUGGUUUACCACCUUUAUCCUCCACUGAAAUCACACAAGAGAUUUCCAAAAAAUGGAAAGAGUUGAGUGAUCACGAAAAGGAAAAGUGGAAGCAAGCUUAUAACGUUGAGUUGGAAAACUACCAAAGAGAGAAGUCCAAAUAUCUAGAGGCAAAGAAAAACGGUACUCUUCCACCAGCUUCUCUCGAAAACGGUCCCACUCAUGCGCCCGUUCCAAUUCCUUUCAGUUUACAGCAUGCCGCUGAACCUCCUGUGGAAAAGAGACCUCAUGAUGACGAUGGAUCUUCUGAAAAGAAAAAGAAGAAGAAGAAGAAGGACAAGAAGAAGGACAAAUCUAACUCUUCUAUUUGA